AAAUAUUGAGCCUCUGUCAAUAAAACUCUAAACUUGCUCUCCAUUGGGUGAACUCAAUUAGGACUCAGAAAAAUAAUAUUGAGUUGUACUCGGCAAAAGAAUAGAGUUUCGUUGAUUAGCGAAUUUGCUCUUUUUGGUGGAAUCGACUCAGCAACCAACAACAAAAAGAUCUGAUCUGACAGAGCUAUGGGAAAUCAUACGAGCAAGAAGACAUCUGAAACAUCAUCAACUAUCAAUCUUAGCGGCAAUUUGCCGUACACUACUGAACUGAGCUCUUAUGAAGCUGCUUGCAAGCUAGACACGGACUUGCAAACCUUUGACACUAAUGUCCAGGCUCGAACCAAUCAAGUCAUCAACACUCUGGCAGUUGGUGUCGAAGUCCGAGCCCUUUCAUUUGAUUCUCUGAAAGAGGUAACCGAAUGUCUUCUGGCGAUGAAUCAAGAGGUUGUCAAAGUUAUCUUAGAAUGCAAGAAAGAUAUAUGGAAGAGUCAAGAAUUGUUUGAGCUUGUGGAAGAGUAUUUUGAGAAUAGCUUGCAAACACUUGAUUUUUGUUCUGCACUAGAGAAGUGCCUGAAGCGUGCUCGUGACAGCCAAUUACUUAUCCUUGUUGCGUUGCAACAAUUCGAGGAAGAAAGUGAGGUUGGUGGGAGUAGGUAUGUGAGAACAUUGGAAGAACUGAAGAAUUUCAAGGCAGCUGGUGAUCCUUUCACUGAGGAGUUCUUUCAAAUCUUUCAAUCUGUUUACAGGCAGCAAAUAGCAAUGCUCGACAAAUUGCAACUUCGAAAGAACAAGCUUGACAAGAAGCUCAAGUACGUUCAUGCUUGGCGUAAGGUCUCAAGUAUGAUAUUUGUUGCCACAUGUGCUACUGUGUUGAUUUGUUCAGUUGUGGCAGCAGCAAUGGCUGCUCCUCCAGUUGCUGCAGCUCUCGCUGCUGCAACUUCUAUUCCUUUGGGUUCAAUGGGGAAGUGGAUUGAUUCCCUCUGGAAAAACUAUGAAAAUGCCUUGAAAGGACAGAAGGAAGUGAUAAGCUCAAUGCAAGCAGGAACAUAUGUGGCUAUUAAAGACCUGGAUAACAUCCGGGUUCUCAUUGACCGGUUGGAGAUUGAUAUUGAAGCCCUCUUGCAAAAUGCAGAGUUCGCAAUUGAGGAAGAAGCUGUGAAGAUUGGGAUAGACGAAAUCAAAAAGAAGCUGGGAGUGUUUAUGAAGAAUGUGGAGGAUUUGGGGCAACAAGCUGAUAUCUGCAGCCGGGAUAUUAGGAGAGCAAGGACGGUGGUUCUGCAAAGGAUCAUAAAACCUCCCAACAACUGAAAAUAUUGAGGUCUCUGUUGUUAAAGUCCUGGAAAUUUACCUGCUCCAUUCGAUGCUGACGAUGUUGACAACAACAACAACAACAAAAACGAUGAUAUCGAUUGAUUUCCAACAUUCUGUUUUCAGACUCUACAUCUACAUGUUUGUUCAGGUUCAUGUGUUCUAAGAAAAUAAUCCAAGACUAGUAUUGACUUACGUCAUCCCCAUUAUAUGUUUAGGUCACAGAUAUUGUUGUUUUCCGUUUUCGAAAUGUUCUUUUAUACAAUGUAAUUGUUAGAUUACACAUUUAUACUUUUAAAGGUCUGUUCCACGCUUUCAUGAUUGUCAAAACAGAUAAGCUUGCCAUCUGCGACUAUAAAUUAGCUUGAUUUCAUA